CACGGCCAUCAUAACCCAACAUGGCGUCGUCUAGGCUGGUGAUCUUUGCCUUCGCUUCACUUUUUUCGCUCUGCCGCGGCCUGCAGGACUUCGAGAGCGUCCUUAGCAACCCGAAGGAGUGCGAGGAGUCCUGCAGCAAGUCCUACGCGCCGCACACCAACCCCAACGGCGGCGAGAGUGACGCCUGCAGCCGGGGAUGUCGCCUGUACACCAUCAGCGAGUUUGUGACGCGCGGCGCGGGGCCCGGCGAGGACACCGGCCCAGCCCUGCCCACCACGGCCAGGGACUCCUGCUUCGGUGCCUGCGUUGAGGCCUACAAUGAGACCUCCAGCAACACUGUGGCGUGCAAGGAUGGCUGUGACAAGCAGGAGCACAAGACCAAGGCCAGCGCCAAGCCCGAGGAUCAGUCUGAGGAAGGCCCGUCCAUCCACCUCCUCAGUCCACUGGUCCAGGUCCACUCCAUCUACUCCUCCAUCGUUGGUGCGGUCCACGUGGUUCGCUCCUCCAUCAUCACCUACUUUGCCGCCGACGACAACUCCAUCGUAGCAGUGGAGAGCGCGCCCAAGAUACUGGUGGAGGUGGUAGGGGAGGAGGCGGAGGAGGGCGGCGUGGAGUUGAGUGGAGUUGACGGUGGUGGUGACGGUGUGAUGGUGCUCGGGAAGGCUAGAUUGGCCACCAUGGAGGAGACCGAGGCUAGUGGUGCGUCCAGCGAGCCCUCUGUGGUGCGGUGUGUGUCGCAGCGCCUGGGUGUGCCUCCCCCGCUGCUGGUUGCCUCCACGCUGGUCCUGGUUCUGUUCACCAUCUACGUCAUCUUUGCCGUCUGCACCACCGCCUCACCACCCAAGGCCAGCAAGGAGGGCCUCAGCGUGCAGAGCGACCCAAUGCCAGCGCCUAUCAAGCUUGUACGACCCGAGGACCUGACCCGACUCAGCCUGAUGGAGGAGGAUGACCUGCAGGCCCCCCCGCUGCCCAUGAAGGUCAAGCUGCCUGAUACCCAUGUCUAGCGCUGACACCAGGAGGAGGAGGAGGAGGGGGAAGGAUAACAUCAGAAGAGGAGAGGAGGAGAUGUAAUAGUGUAUGAAGGGAUGGAAAGGGAAGAAGAGGAAGAGGAAGAGGAUAAUUUUAUGAAGAAAGAAGGAAGAGGAAGACAGUGGAAAGGAAGAGAAGGGAGAGAAGAGAGGAAGGAAUUUAGUGGAGAAGAAGAGAGAGAAAAGGAGAAAGGAAGAGGAGGAGGAGGAGGAGGAGGGGGAGAGAAAUUGAAGAGGAGGAAGAAGAAGAAUGUGCUGUAUAUUAAUGUCUGUAAUUGUAUCUUUAUUAUUAUUAUUAUUAUUAUUAUUAUUAUUAUUAUUAUUAUUAUUAUUAUCAUUAUUAUUUCAUCUCCUUUCUUUUUCUUUUUAAUUAAUUUUGUUUUUUUCUCUUUAAUUUAUAUUUAUCACAUUAUUUCUAUUUGGAUUUAAUUAUUGAGAAACUUUUUUUCUUCAUUUAUUCAGACCAAGGGAACAAUCUCUCUCUCUCUCUCUCUCUCUCUCUCUCUCUCUCUCUCUCUCUCAAAAAUUCCCUCAUAUAUAUUCAGUUCUGCACCAGUGUGUGUGUGUGUGUGUUCGUACGUAUGUUUAUGUGCGUGCGCGUGUGUGUGUGUUCUGAUUCUCCUUCUAACAUACAUAAGGGAUCAUGUACCUUUAAAAUCGUCUUCUGGUACUUAUAGAAAUUCAUAGGCGAUCCGAUCCCCUUUAUGUAGUGUUGGAUUCUCCUCAUAUAUCGUGUUGUCUAUAGUUUUCUACGAGUGGCUUUCAGGUCUCUAUACUAUUGGGUUAAGGGUUCAAUAGAUGCUAGAAAUAGAUAGUUUUUUCUUAUUUCUUUAUUUCUUGUCAUAUAUUCUCCUCUUAGCCUUUCCUUUCCUUUCCUUCCUCUUUAUAGUUUUUUCUUAUUUCUUUAUUUCUUAUCAUAUAUUCUCCUCUUAGCCUUUCCUUUCCUUUCCUUCCUCUUUAUAGUUUUUUCUUAUUUCUUUAUUUCUUAUCAUAUAUUCUCCUCUUAGCCUUUUCUAUCCUUUCCUUCCUCUUUAUCAUAUGUAUUUCUUUGCUUUAUCUUAUUCUUCCCUUUCCUAACCUCCUGGCUGGCUUCAGGUGGACCAGCAGGCUGUUCACAGCUCUAUUGGUUCUGUUGCUGGCAGCACCAACACCCAUGGCAGGGCUGUAUCCAGGGGGGGAGGGGGGGGGUCUCACCAUCUGCCAAAAGGUGACUUUCUGAUCGUCAAAACAGUCACUUGGGACAAAAGUUACUGUUUUUUGUUUUGGCCGCGGGAAAAGUCAUCUAAAUGUCAGUCUUUCCAAAGCUCAACUUCCCCUGCCCCUCAAGUGGCCACACAGCUCCACAUGUAGUGAGAGGACCCUCCCUUUACACCUCUGGGCAUGUCCUGCAUUUUAGUAGCAAUACUUUCUUCUCUAAUAGUGUGUACGCCUCUGUGGCUUGGCUUGAAGGGACUAGGCUGUUAGGAGACGCUUCUGUACCACCAGUACCAAUGUAACCCUUUUAGUACCAGUACCCCCAGCAGGGUGACCUUCAUGGAUGCUGCUGCCGGGGCUAAAUAAUCUUCAGUAUUACUCUUCUCAAUGCUUAUAAAAAAAAGGAUAUAUAUUUAUGAUUUAGUGUGCCAUUGUUUCUGUGACUUAUUAUUAUUAUUAUUGAGCUGCAGUUGUAUAAGUUUCGACCACGAAAUAUAUAUUAUUAUUCUCUUUAACAGUUA